AUGGCAUCACCAGCAGAAGACCGUUCUGCUACAAUGGAGGAAAGCACGGGCUCAGACCCUGUCCAGUCGCAGCCAACUGCCUCCCGCUGGAGACGAGUCUUUGGAGGAAAGGCCAAAGAAGAUCCCGAGUCUGGCGAGGGCCAGACUUAUCGCUCCAAGUCGACACUGGGAAUCCUGAGUGAUAAAGAGACCGACGAAGUUCCGGGGACGGUACUUCUCCUAUCAUCCAAUCGCAAUGAACCUUUGGGAAUGAGGCAUCAGCCGCACCGGACAUCGACAUCGUCUAUAACGUCGUCUUAUCGUCCCUCGCGGUCUAAUUCUCGAACCCGGUCGGCGGUUCCAACGCAGAAGAAAACAGCGGACGGACAAUUUGUGCUUGAUCCCCAGCCGGACGACUCCCUAAAUGACCCUUUGAACUGGCCUGUAUGGCAGCGAGACGCCGCAUUGGUCUCGCUAGGCUUCUAUUGUUUGAUGGGAGGCGGCAUGACCCCCAUUUUGGCGGCAGGGUUUAACGACGUUGCAGCUGCGUACGAUGUCAGUACACAGCAGGUGGCUUUCACCACCGGGUUCUAUAUGCUAGGUCUGGGCCUGGGGUCUGUUGUGAUGUCACCCACUGCCAUUCUAUACGGGAAACGACCGGUUUACCUCUUGGGAGCGACUCUGUUCGUGGUCUCGGCAGUUUGGUGCGCAGCGUCGCCGAACUACCCAAGUCUCGUGGUCGCUCGUAUUUUCCAAGGGCUUGCCGUGAGCCCAGUCGAGUGUCUUCCAUCUGCUACAAUUGCGGAGAUCUACUUCUUGCACGAACGAGCCUAUCGAGUGGGGAUAUACACACUUUUGCUACUAGUGAGUGCCGCCAUCAUCGAAAGCCUGAGCUGGCGCUGGGUAUUUUGGAUUGUCGCCAUGAUUGUAGGCAUGUGCCUAGUCUUGCUCUUCUUCUUCGUGCCCGAAACAUUUUGGGAUCGCACACCCCGGCCGCGUGUGCCCAAGCAGAAGCGCCCGCGUGGACCUGGUCGCAGUGUCUCUGACAUUGUUUCCCACGGCUUCCGCGGGAGGCGCCCGUAUGUCCAACCUCAGGACGAGUCCACCGAACAGGAUCUGAAUGAUCCAGCAUUGGCACCGAAGAAGUCCAAGCAUGCGCAUGUUGGAUUCGCGGAUGACCACCCAGUAGAGGGAGACCACACAGUCGAGCCUGAAAAGUCAGAUCUCGUUCCCGAGACCGGCAAUACUACCAAUGGAGAACAAAGCACCACUAACCCGCCGACCCCAUCUAAUGAGAAAGGCGAUGACUUCCUCCAACCACUACCUCAGGCCCUUGUACCUGGCGCACAUCCAGAUGACCUGGAGACAGCUCGACGGGUUGCGGUAUCGCCUGCGAGGACGGAGUCACUAGAGCCUGCCAGCACACCGCUGACAGCAACCCUGCAAUACACAAACCGACUCCGUGAACGUCCGAAGAUCCCCUACUCCCAGUUACUCAAGGUCUGGAACGGCCGAAUCGCGCAAGACAGCUGGGUCCGAGUUGCCGCGCGGCCAUUUGUUCUAUUUGCUUAUCCAGCGGUUCUCUGGUCAACAGUGGUUUACUCACUCUCUGUUGGGUGGCUGAUCGUGCUUUCAGAGUCGGUUGCACAUAUCUUCCAAAGCAAAGAUCACUAUAAUUUCACCUCGCUGCAGACAGGCCUGAUCUAUAUAUCGCCGUUUGUCGGCGGUCUCCUGGGAACUGCAGUGGCAGGCAAAGUAUCGGACGUGAUCGCGCGGUUUAUGACCAGACGCAAUGGCGGCAUCUACGAGCCUGAAUUUCGUCUCGUCAUGGCAAUUCCCAUCGCUCUAUCUACUGUCAUCGGUCUGAUGGCUUUUGGGUGGAGUGCUGAGAUCGGCGACUCUUGGAUUGUCCCGACUAUUUUCUUUGGAUUGAUAUCGUUUGGUUGCUGCUUGGGCAGCACGACUGUUAUCACCUUUUGUGUAGAUAGUUAUCGCCAGUAUGCUGGCGAGGCGCUGGUGACGCUGAACUUUAGCAAGAGUAUGUUGAACUGCCCUUCGUUCUUUUUGGUCGUUGUGUCUGAUCUAACGGUUUUUCUUGCAGAUAUCCUCCACGGCCUGAUUUUCUCCCUUUUCAUCGUGGACUGGCUCGAUGCUAAUGGUUCACGCACUGUGUUCCUGUCUAUCGGUGGCAUACAGCUCUUCUUCAUGCUCAUGUCGAUCCCCAUGUACCUGUACGGCAAACGAGCUCGUAUGUGGACGGUGCGCAAGCGGCUCAUGGAGCGGCUUUAA